AUGAAAAGUUUCCGAUCUGAAGAACCGAUGAGUACUACUUCAAAAAAUAAGGGAUUCGCAUUUGAAACAGGGAAUUAAAGUACAACAAGAGUAUAUAAAAAAGUUUAAUAGCAUUAGAAAUAGCAUAAAAUUCCAUUUCAAAUGAACUCUUUAAACACUGAAGAGUGUGACAAUGAUACAUACAGGAGUCAAGAAGCCUUUAAAAAGUUGAAAAAUCUUGAAUUUCAAAAUGAUUUAUUUAUGAUGGAAAUGCACCAUGCAUAAAGAAGAAAGGAAGCCGAAUCCAAUCGAUUGAAGUUUCAAUUAUCUUCAAUAAAAUCAGACAUUGAUUUUAUGAAAAGCUAAUUAUCAUCUCCAGUUGCGAAAGCAAAACCAAAGCAAAAACGAUCUUAAUCAAUCGAUAGUGAAUUAUCUUCUGAUGGUAGUAGCAGUAGUAGUAGUGAUAAUAGUUAUGUCAAGUGUCCAAUUAAGUUUAAACAAUUCGAACCUAUUUAAAAAGAGUAGGUCAAGAUAGAUAGUUAUGAAACGAUCGAGAAUAGAUUUAGAAAGUUGUUUCAAAUAAGUGAUGUAAAUGAGAAGUUGAAUUGGAUGGUAAAGUAAUACUUCAAUUCAUUCCAUUCAAUUUAAAUGGACUUAUAGAAUAAUUUGCUGCCAUUAUUAUUGGAGAAUACUUUGAAAUUGUUGAUCGAAAUAAUAGAGAAACUGAACUCAAUCAAAUUGGAUUCAUUGUAAUUCAAAUCAUACGAUCCCUUCUCGAAUGGCGAUAAAAAUAUCAAACGAUUUUCGAGUGAUCUAGAUGUAGAAGCCAUCAAUUAAGAGUAUCUGUCUUAAGGGAAUCAUACAUUAACGGAUUACUGUUAAAAAUUUACUGAGUAACCUUAAAAGAAUUAAUUUUCGACUCCACAAUACAAACAACAACAACCAGAAUAGUAGUAAUCGGCCAGACAAUUAUCAAAUAUGAUGAAAUCGAAACCAGAUUCGAGUUGUCAGACAAGCAACAACUAAACUCUGGACAAGAAGGUUAGUAUAAGUGAAAGGAGUUAGAAGAAAACAAGUAAUUGA